AGAAUUCAAUAGGUUUCUCACCUGACUCAUCGUCGACUCAGUUUUCAUCUUCCCUUUCAGCACAUUUCUCUCUCUCUCUUUCUCUCAACUCUUUCAAACCCCUGUUCUUGUAAAAUCUCCGUUGUAGAUCAUCAAAUGGGGAAAGUUCUUUGCGUUAGUUGGAAAUUUUCCUGGGGAAAUUCGUGGAUUCGAACUUUUUUGGGGUUUUGGAUAAGCCUCGACUGUGCGAUAUGCAUUAGGGGUUUGGAACCUAGCGUGAGAAGAUGGAUAAUUCAGGUAUGAGGGGUGGGUUUUUGUCGGGUGCGAGUGCGGGAAUUUUAGACGUUGAAACUUCUAUUCAGAGGCACCAGCAGGCCCAGAUGAGUAUUCCACCUCAUACCCAUCACCAUCACAUGAAUGUGAUGACUGGCUUUGAGAAUGAUCAUUGUCCCAUGGAAGCCAAGGGCUCAACCCCAAAGGGUAUUCCUAUAAAUUAUGGUAAAGGGAAGGUGAUUGCUCCUGUUAGUGUUGCAAAUAAUGACAAUAGCAAUACUAGCGACGAGGAUGAGCUAAGUUACACAGAAGAUGGGAGCAGUGAGAACUUCGGUGGGGUGAAGGGUAAAAAGGGCUCUCCAUGGCAGCGAAUGAAAUGGACAGAUAAUGUGGUGAGACUUCUUAUAGCAGUGGUUGCUUGUGUUGGGGAUGAUGGUACCCUUGAGGGUGUGGAAGGACUGAAGAGGAAAUCAGGAAUUUUGCUGAAGAAGGGUAAAUGGAAAACCGUCUCUAAGUUAAUGAUUAGUAAGGGUUGUUGCGUUUCACCUCAGCAGUGCGAGGAUAAAUUUAAUGACUUGAACAAGAGGUACAAGAGGUUGAAUGAAAUUCUUGGGAGGGGAACUACUUGUAGAGUGGUGGAAAACCCUGCACUAAUGGACUCCAUGCCCCAACUAUCUGCUAAGAUGAAGGAUGAUGUGAAAAAAAUAUUGAGCUCAAAACAUUUGUUUUAUCAGGAAAUGUGUGCUUACCAUAAUGGUAAAAGCAUAUCAAAUUGUCAUGAUGUUGAUCUACAAGGUUAUUUUUCACCUCUUGCCAGAAGUUCAAAGGAUAAUAAUGGUUCUGAGGAGGAAGAAGCUGAGGAAAAUGAGGACUUUGAUUUUAACGAUUUGGAUAAUGAAGAGUAUGAUAAUGCUGAUGGGCAUGCACAGAGUAUGGGGGGGUUUCAUCAAAGGAGGAAAGUGAAUCAUGAGGAUAGCAAUGCUUGGCUACAGUAUGCUGGUCGGGAUAGUUUUGAAGUGGAAAUGGCUGGGAUUUUUGAAGACCCCGCCAAGUCUCCGUGGGAGCAGAAAGAGUGGAUAAAGAACCGGAUGCUGCAACUUCAAGAGCAAAUGGUCACCAUCAUGGCUCAAGGUUUUGAGCUUGAGAAACAACGCUUUAAGUGGUUGAGAUUCAGCAGCAAGAAAGGCAGGGAUCUGGAGGAUUCGAGGCUGGAGAAUGAGAGGAUGGGAUUGGAGAAUGAGCGAUUGGUCUUGGAAUUGAAGCAGAAGGAAUUGGAAUUAGAUUUAAAGGGUCCAGAAGCAUCCUUGGAUCCAGCUUCUUUUUGCAUUGACGGGCUACAAGGAAGAGAUCAGAUUGAAUUGGGCAGGCAUCAGUAGGUCCUGUGUACUACUAGUUGCUGUUAGAAUCAUGUGUGGGAUCCUACUAAUCCAUUAUGCAAGAAAACCAUAGAUGCUUAAGUGUAAGAAAUGCAUUAACCUCACAAGAUAAUGCUUUAGAUUUUAUUGUAGGAACAUAUAAAAUUCUCAUUUUUUGCAAAGGUUUCUGCCUUAAAGUUGAUGAUCCCUUUUUUCUCCACCUUGGACCUAUCUUGUUCUCCAGACCAUGUAAAAGAUGUUUGAGUUCUUGUGAUUACCUGAUUGAGUUUUGAAACUGUCUUUUUUUCCCUUUUUUGGCUGAAAUAUGCAACAGUCGAAGCUUUGCACUCUUUUUCUGUAAUUUCAGAAUUGGUGGUUCAAAAGGGCCUCUGAAAAACUUCAAUUGAAUCCAGAUAUUUGUAUAGCAUUUAGUUUGCUUGUUUUAUCUGGUGGAUGGCAUCUUUCUUUAAGACCCUCUCAAAUAUAUUUUUCUUGUUGUGUCAUUCCAUUUUGUUUGCUUGAUUGUUAUUGGAUUCAGAAUUCUGAUUCAUUCUCUACUAGCAUUGCAGUCUCUAUUAUAAUUAUGGUUAAACUCUCUGUUUGCUAGAAGUUGCUUUGUGCUUCCCAACACCCAUGCUAUAAAAGGUCUGAAAUUUUUCGAGUUAGCAAUUUAGUUCUUGUAACUUCUCGACAUGUUCAUUUUUAUCCUGUCCAUGGUCAUAUUGGAUGCGUUGGAUUUGGGCCGGGUCGAAAGAGGAUUAGAGUCACCUAGAGUAUACAGAGAGAGGCACUUUCCAUUCUACCUUGUCAAAUGGCAUUGGUAAUACAAUUUAGAAGAAACCUGGUCAUUAGUCUUACUGGGUCCUGAGUUCCUGUUUUCUGCGCAAAAUCUUUAUUGGUAUUACCUGAGUUCUCGGUUUUGAUCUUGUAUUUUGUGACUUCCAAACAAGAUCCUUUUGAGGUGAAGAAGGAAAAGAAAUGAGAUUAGAUGAAGCAGAAAAGGAAUAACAUUCAAGGAAGGGCAGGUAGUUCUUCACAGAGAAAGGGAGAGAGAGGGAGGAGAUAGAGAAUGCAACAGAUAAAGCCACCAAGAUAGGAGCUCCAGCACAUGCUGAUCUCAAGGAAGGGAAAUGCCCUCAACCUCGUGUAUGGUUCUUCUCUCUGCAUGCAAGUGACUGUACUUGGUACGAUCACUUUGUUCUUUGAUGAAUGUCUCCCUUGCAUUGAACAAUAAAUAAGCAUUCCAA